AUGACAAGUUUGCAUUCUGCAGCAGCUAAAGGUAAACUUGACAAUGUGAAAUCUCUUGUAAAUAGUGGCGUUGAUAUCGAUGCACAAACUAGUGAUCAUUCUACAGCAUUACACAAAGCUGUAGCUAAUGAGCACGAAGAUAUUGUUCGUUUUUUGAUUGAUAACGGCGCAAAUUGCAAUCUUCCAAAUGCAAAUGGAAAAACUCCAUUACAUAUUGCUGCUUCAAAAGGAAAUCUACUAAUCAUCAUAUUAUUAUUAGAAGGAUACGCAGAAAAGUCACCAAAAGACAAAAAUAAUAAAACUCCAUUACAUUACGCAUGCGAACACGAUCACUCUUCAGUCGUAAAAUAUCUCUGCAACGCUGGCGCAGAUAUUAACGUAACGGAUAAAAACGGCUGGGCUCCAAUUCACUAUGCAGCUGCAAAUGGACUUGAGAAUACACUCCGUACAUUACUUGAUUUCCAUGCUGAUAUUAAUAUCGCAAGAGUUCAAGCCAAUACUCCAUUACACGUUGCAGUUAACUAUGGACAUCUCAACAUUGUUGAAAUCUUAGUAGACAAUGGCGCUGAUAUCAAUGCACAAAAUAAGGACGGCCAAACUCCAUUACAUAUCGCAGCUCGAACGAAGCAGCAAAAGAUUCUAGAUCACUUACUUUCAAAGAAUGCCAACUGGAAAAUACCUGAUAAGAAUGACGACCUUCCAAUUUUCGUUGCAAUUUCAAAUAAUAAUUCAGAAGCCGUGACAACAUUCCUUUCAAAAGGAUUUGAAAUCGAUACAAUCAAUGCUAAGAGUCAGACUGCUUUGCACCUUGCUGCAAUAUCAGGAAGUACUGAAUUGUUAAGAAGAAUUAUUGAUUAUAACGCUGAUAUUAACGCGGUUGAUUAUCUCCUUAACACCCCAUUGCAUUAUGCAUCUAUGAGCGAUAACGCAGAUAUGGUCAAUAAUCUUUUAGCUCACCAAGCAAAUGCUACACUUAAAAAUGCCAAAGGAAAAUCACCAUUUUUCUAUGCCAAUGAGAACUGCGCAAGGAUCUUCAGACAGCAUUUCCAGAAUGAUGUAAACAUACUUCAAGAGGGAGCUAAAGAUCAAGAAGCGAAGCAAAGAGCAGUUAUUCAUAGAAAUAUCAAAUCUUCAAUCCCACCUCCACAGCCAAUUAAAGGACCCAAGCCAAGGAGGCGGCCAGCUUCGAGCAUUAAGCAACAACAGCAACAGCAACAAAGAAAGCAAAAUAAGGAAAAUCAGAUUCCUCCACCAGUUCGCCAACAGUCUCAGCCACCAAGGCCAAUCAAUCAGCCAAGGCAUGAGUACAGUUCAAGAUCAAAUGAUAUUAAUCAGUUGAGAACAGAGAUGCAACAACAAAUUAAUAAUUUGAAAUCAGAUUUUAACUCCCAAAUGUCAACAAUGUUUAAUCUGAUCAAUGAUAUCAAGGCCAGGCUUGACUCACAAUCAAAGUGA